GUCGUGAUUCAAAAGCAGCCCGUCAGUCGUCCGCAAAGGGCGCCGCCAAGCAGAAAUGGCAGAUUUUUCGGACGACUUGUUUAGCGUUUUCGAACAAACUAAUGAAAAUGGACACGUACCCGAGCCAGAAGUUUCGUCGAAAGAUGAACCGUCAACGUCCUCGUCGUCCCGGUCAAGUUUGCCUGAAGACAAUCAAAAGACAGCUAUCAAACGGGAGCUAGAAGAUGAGGACGAAGAUGGUAGCAAGAAAGCAAAACUUGAAGGUCUGGUUGACGACAUCAACUUGGACGAAAUUAGUUCCCGAAUUAAAGUGCACACAGUGGAAACAUUGGAGGCAUGUACACAUGAAGUCGCAGUGCCGCCAAAUAUGGAUUAUGUCCCCCUAAAAGCAGCUACAGGCAAACCUGCGAAGGAGUACCCCUUUUCUCUUGAUCCUUUCCAAAAAGAAGCUAUCAUUUGUAUUGAAAACAAUCAAUCUGUCCUUGUAUCUGCCCAUACAUCUGCUGGUAAAACAGUAACAGCAGAGUAUGCCAUCGCUCAAUCUCUACGAGAUAGGCAGAGGGUUAUUUACACAACACCUAUCAAAGCGCUCAGCAACCAAAAGUACCGAGAGUUUUAUGAAGAGUUUAAAGAUGUUGGUUUAGUGACUGGUGAUGUUACCAUCAAUCCAUCAGCAUCAUGCCUCAUUAUGACAACUGAGAUUUUAAGGAAUAUGCUUUACAGAGGCUCAGAAGUCAUGAGAGAAGUUGGUUGGGUCAUUUUUGAUGAAAUUCAUUACAUGAGGGACAAAGAACGAGGUGUUGUGUGGGAAGAAACCCUUAUUUUGCUACCAGAUAAUGUCCACUAUGUAUUUUUGUCAGCUACAAUCCCCAAUGCACGUCAGUUUGCAGAAUGGGUUGUACAUCUUCAUAAACAGCCAUGUCACGUUGUAUACACAGAUUACCGUCCGGUGCCUUUGCAACACUACAUUUUCCCAAAUGGAGGAGACGGAAUCCAUCUUGUUGUGGAUGAAAAUGGUCAGUUUAAAGAAGACAACUUUAACACAGCAAUGACUGUUCUAGCCAAUGCUGGUGAAAAUGCCAAAGCUCCUCAGCCAGGUCGCAGAGGAGGUGUUAAGGGAGGAAAUGACACAAAUUGCUUCAAAAUUGUAAAAAUGAUAAUGGAGCGAAAUUUUGCUCCAGUUAUCAUCUUUUCCUUCAGCAAGAAGGAUUGUGAACUUUAUGCUAUGCAGAUGGCAAAGCUAGAUUUUAAUAAUCUGGAAGAAAAAAAACUUGUAGAUGAGGUAUUCAAUAAUGCUAUGGAUGUACUUUCUGAAGAAGAUAGACUGCUACCUCAGGUAGAAAAUGUGCUUCCUCUCCUGAGACGUGGCAUCGGCAUUCAUCAUGGAGGUCUGCUGCCUAUUUUGAAAGAAACUAUUGAAAUUCUGUUUGCUGAGGGACUUAUCAAAGCACUAUUUGCCACUGAAACAUUUGCCAUGGGCUUAAACAUGCCUGCCAGAACUGUAAUGUUUACUGGGAUGAGGAAAUUUGAUGGAAAAGAUUUCAGAUGGGUCACAUCAGGUGAAUAUAUUCAAAUGUCUGGAAGAGCUGGACGUCGAGGACUUGAUGAGAAGGGUAUUGUCAUCCUUAUGGUGGAUGAGAAAGUAUCUCCAGAAGUGGGCCGUGACAUGGUACAAGGUUUACCAGAUCCAAUCAACUCAGCUUUCCACUUAACUUACAACAUGGUGUUAAACUUACUUAGAGUAGAGGAGAUUAAUCCGGAGUACAUGUUGGAGAGGAGUUUCUUCCAAUUCCAGAACCACUCAAUCAUACCAGAGCUAUACCAAAAGGUGUGUCAGCUUCAAGAAGAUUAUGAUUCCCUUAUUGUUCCGAAAGAACCACAAGCUGAGUCUUAUUAUCACAUUCGUACUCAACUGGAAAGUUUAGGAAAGGUGUACCAGAGUUAUAUAACCCAGCCACAGUAUUUGAUACCUUUCUUACAACCAGGCAGGAUGGUUAAGAUAAAACAUGAAUCAGAUGAGUUUGAUUGGGGAAUCAUCAUCAAUUUUAAAAAACAGGAAGCACCCUCUGGAAGAGGGAGAGGAAGAGGUGGUCAUUCUAAUCCAUCCAGGGACCCACCUCAGGUUAUUGUUGAAGUUUUAUUGCAUGUCUCUGGAGAAGAAAAUCAACCUCCCAAACCCUGUCCCUCUGGAGUUACUGGUGACAUGGAAGUAGUUCCAGUUUUGAGCUCUUUAAUUACUAAAAUUAGUUCUCUUAGAAUUCAUUAUCCUAAAGACCUAAGACCACCAGACAACCGCAAGUCAGUGUACAAAACUCUACAGGAGGUUCAAAAGAGGUUCAAGGAUGGGCCUCCCCUUCUUAAUCCAGUUACUGAUAUGCAUAUCAAAGACGAUGUGUUUGUGGAUUCUGUAAGGCAAAUUGAAACAUUUGAACAGCGCAUGUAUGCCCACCCACUUCACAACAGUGAUGACCUACAAGAAAUUUAUGCUCAGUAUCUAAAGAAAGUUGAGCUAGGCAACCAAUUAAAACUUGUCAAAGGAGAGCUAAAACAUGCUAAAUCUUUGCUUCACAUGGAUGAACUAAAGUGCAGAAAAAGAAUUUUGAGAAGACUUGGUUACUGUACUGCAGCUGAUGUCAUAGAACUAAAGGGUAGAGUGGCCUGUGAACUCAGUGGGUGUGACGAACUUCUCAUGACUGAAAUGAUAUUUAAUGGCCUAUUCAAUGACUUGACAGUAGCUCAAUGUGUUUCAUUAAUUAGUUGCUUUGUAUGUGAUGAAAAGAGUUCUGAAAACCCCAAAAAAUCCGAAGAACUGUCUGGUCCUUUGAGGCAGAUGCAGGACUUGGCUCGAAGGAUAGCUCGAGUCAGUGCAGAGGCGAAGUUAGACAUUAAAGAAGAAGAUUAUGUCGGACAAUUUAAGCCAUUUUUGAUGGAUGUUGUUUAUGCUUGGUGCAAAGGCUCAUCGUUUCUUGACAUUUGCAGGAUGACAGACAUUUUUGAAGGAAGCAUUAUUCGAUGCAUGAGAAGAUUGGAAGAAGUUUUAAGGCAACUUUGUCAGGCAUCAAAGAACAUAGGAAACACAGACCUUGAAAACAAAUUCAGUGAAGGAAUUAAACUUAUGAAGAGAGAUAUUGUCUUUGCUGCUAGUUUGUAUCUCUAGGUUUCCUUCCCCUUCUACUUCCUCAGAAUAAUUUGCAAGCCAUCAGCAACAGCCAAUUUGGUCACUUUACUUUAUUUAAAGGUCAGUCAAGAAAUUUUAUGUUAUCUGGACACUAGUAAAUUAUUUUCUUAUAUACUUUACACAAAUUAUCAAUAAAAAUUCAAAAGUC